CUCCCCCGUAGAGCGCAGCAUGAGCGCUCCGCAGCAAAAGGAUGUGUGAGCAGGCAGCGCGCUACUGUAGGGACGGAGUCCACAAACUGCUCAACAAAGAACAAGCCAAACUUCGAGCCCAAGAAAGCCGCGAGCAGCCGAACCCCGUAGCCAGUCAGGACAGCGAGUCCGCGACGGCAGCACAGUCCGGAAACAGCGGCGCCCAGCCCGGUGGAAUCGACGGGCUCGUCCGCUGGAUAGUCACCAAAAUGAGCGACAACAAGAACAUCUCCAGCCGGGAGUACGCUUCCAGCAAGGAGGAGGUGGCCGUGGCUCAGGAGCAGUUCUUCGCCCCGGAGCCACGGAGAGGCAUCUCCGUUAUUUUGGAUAUAUUCAGAAGAGCCGACAAAGAUGAUGAUGGGAAGCUGUCUCUGGAUGAGUUCCAGGCUUUCUUCUCCGAUGGCACGCUGAACGAGGAAGAGCUGGAGAAGCUGUUUCACACCAUCGACUCUGAUAACACCAGUAAUGUUGACACUAAGGAACUCUGUGACUACUUUGCCAAGCACAUGGGUGACUAUGAGGGAGUUCUGGCCUCCCUGGAAACACUCAACCUUUCCAUCCUCAAAGCCAUGGACUUCACCAAAAAGGUUUAUGAGAGAGGAACCAACGUGGAGCAGUUUGUGACCCGUUUCCUGCUGAAGGAAUCAGCCAAUCAGAUCCAGUCUCUCCUGAGCUCUGUGGAGAGUGCCGUGGAUGCUAUUGACGAGCAGCACAGCCAAUCACGUCAUCUACCUGCCAAGGUGAGUCCCCGGAUGUCAGAGAGGCGCAACGAAAACACCGUCCCUGACUAUCCCCCAAACAACAGAGUCAGUGCCAGGGAGGCAGUCAGGACCAUUAACACUGCUUCAGGUGCAGUAGAGGUGAGGAAAGAAGGUCUGGACGCUCAGAUCAACCGCCUGGCGGAACUCGUCGGACGACUGGAGAAUAAGACAGUCUGGUUGGAUCUGCACCAGAGGCUAACAGACACAGAUGGCACUACCAGCGCAUCCUUGCUGCUGAUUCGUCAGGAGAUGGUGGUUUCACAGAAGAAGCUCGCCGACUUUUGCGAGGCUCUGAAGCAGUACCUGAAGAACGUCUCCACUCAGAGAGACUGCUUUCAUGUGACUGCGGUGCGUCUGCCAGACGGUUUAUCCUUUGUCGUCUACGAGUUCUGGGAUGGAGAGGAGGAGUGGAAGAGGCACCUCCAGUCGGCCCCCAACAAAGCCUUUCAGCAUGUGAAGGUGGACACACUGUGCCAGCCGGAGGCCGUGUCCUCUGUAGCCGUGCCAGCCGCCUGGUGCAGUGUGAACAGGGACUAGGAAUGAAGAUAUAAAACCACACGCCACGACUCCUGGACACUCCCCACCUCCGCUUGAACUCCCCCUCCAACCCUAACCCCCGCUCUCACACCCCCAAACCCCUCCUCUUUCAACCCUCACAUUCCUCAACUCUUUUUGUAAGUACAUGUUUACACAGUGCAAAUGAAUGGUGUCAACUGCAGUGAAAAUUGAACAAACAGUGCAUUUUACAACGUGAGAUUACUAAUGCGUUUGCAUCUCACCAUGGUAGUUUGCUAGCUCAAGAUACUGGAUUACGUCUUCAUGUUUCAAGUAGCUUUGAGCCACUGUGAAGUGGAGUUUGUCAUGUAGCAAGGACCCUGGCCUUGAGUUUUUCAUGUAGCAGUUACCGUUUUUGGGGUAGUGGCGCUUUUUUUUCACUCCUGUUAGGGUUAACCACAGGUAGCUCAUCUAGUUAGCCGUCAUUUCAUUCCACAUACAGCGUUCUAAAAAAGUCAAUUUUUGUUUUGUCUUGUAACUGAUCAAAUGCUUUGGACAUUAUUCUCAUAUCAGCCAUUCUGAAAUCCCAUCGACAUGUUGAGUAAAGAGGACUAUCUACAGACCAAGUUGCCAGAUUAGCUCGCAAUCUCAGGAAAACUGAAUGCUUGUACUUAGCUUGAAGGUUAGCUAGCUCCCUAGCUAGCUCACUGUCAAACUUACUUUCCCCGAGUCUAAAUAAAUGAGUUGGGGUUGUGUCAAAAAAAUAUAUAUAAUAUGGUGAAAACCAUGAAGGCCUUGCGAGCAGUGAGUGGGUUUUUAGAAUGAAUAAUUACAAAAUGUGUAGUUUAAGAUUUUGUGCACUCAUAUGGACAAGCGCUAGCUAGAGCUGGCUCAAUAACUAGAUAAAAAUGUAUUCAUACAAUAGGCCUAUAAUAGCCUAAUACAUAGCCUACAAUAUCCAUUCAUAGGCCUACCACAUUAUGUCAAUUUGAGAUUCUCCCAAAUGGACCUGAAGGCAGCAUCAUUGCGAGAUUCUGAUGCCAAAUGCCAUAUUAGCCAGAAUUUAUGACAACACCUGUUUUGCUAAACCCUGUUUUAAGGUAAGAUGGACUCUGAAUAACACAAGGAAGGAAGAUAUAACAUAUCGGACAUCUUUUAAAUGUGCUUCAUACAAAUAAAAGAGCAUUUUCCAUCUCAAAGAGAAUCUAUAUUGACAUGUGGACUGGUUGACUGAGGUAUUUCCCUACGAAUAGUGCUACUCUCCUAUACAUUAAUGAGGGAACGAGGGCCUUCCCUUAAUACCUCACAAUAGUUAUAUAUAAUAACUCGGAAGUCGUAAUUUACGAGUUCCCAGUGGGAAAUUUAAAAUGGAACGCCCCUCAAGUCUGAUUUCCGACUUGGAAAGUCGGAGAACCUCACAGUACCCCAAGCAAAGCCAACCUCAAAAUCCAACAUGACUGGCUGCUUCAUGCAUCUACAACAGUGAUAGCUGUAGUAAUAUACAGUAUAAUAGCACUUCUGUCUUACUUGUGUCUUACUUGUGGCUAACAAUGGCUAACCUGGCUAGCGCAAACCCCACUGUGAAAAAGUGGUUAUUGCGACUCGUUGUACUGGUAUGCAGUCAACUGUGUUGUGUGACGUCAUUCCUGUGCACACUCAUUCAAUCAGAGAACCAGGGUUACGGUUGUAACUUUAGGUUUCAAAUGCCCACUUGCAUCUUUCAGACUUUUCAGAUCCAUUUGUUUUGUUGCUUGAGCUUGUUGACUUUCCUCACCCCGAGUACAUUCAUGGACAAUGGCUGCUGUGGGAGUAAUGUCUAUGAUGGUAGGAGCUUAGUUAGCAUGUGUAAACACAGCACAGGUUUUUACUGAGCAGCAGAACCCUGAACCCAAAUCUGUGUGAAACCAGACAUCAUGAUUAUAUCAGUACAUCAGAUGGUGACAUUACCUGGCGCCAGAGACCAGCCAAUGGGAGAGGGCCAGUUAGGUAUCCUGAACAAUAAAGACAUGUCAGUAUUCACACAUAUUUGGGUAUGCAGAUGCUAGAUGGUUUUUGAUUGACAAACACGUAGAGAAACAUUGACAGCAUUGAUUUCUUCAUGUAGCUUUUAUGUCAUGAAACACUUUGGGGUUGACUCUUUAAACAUUGACAUCGGGGUCAUUUAAGAGGUGAGAUGAACAGAUCGUUUUGCUGUCAAGGGAUCAUUUGUGACUUAGACAAGUGUCUGCUGCUACCUUGAGACAGAAGAGAGUAGAGAGAUGAAGGCAGCACCUCACUGUUCUCCAUGCAGCUAAAGUUUGUUUAUUUCUGCCUUCUGUUGUUGUAUUCCUUGUCUGAAUUGGUGGUGGGUAGCUUAUAUUAGCUGUGUAAGUCUAGUAUAGAUUGUACAUAUGAAAAUGUUCUAUUAUGAUUAUAUUUGUAUUUAUUGACAUGUUUUAGUGCUAUGGUGCAAAUUUUUUCCUGAGUGGAAGUGGCAGUAGCUUUCUAGGCGCUGCAGCUUCUUGUAACAGUUUGUUUGAAUCAGAGUACCCACCAUCAGAAACUUCAGACAGAUAAACCCGUCUGAAUGACUUUGAAUAUGAAGCCUUAAACAUCACCACAUGCUAGAGUAGCUUUUAAGGGUUCUUUUUUGAUGUGUUAACUCCCAGUAAGCAGGGAAAAGCCCAAUAGCAGUCUUUCAGUUUGGUGGCAUCAGAUUACGCAACACCUGUUUUGACAGACAGACAGACAGACUGAUAGACAGUCCCUCCAGAAAAACGUGAUUAUGCGAUCGCAUAAUUCAAUGCAUAAUCAGCCAAAGUCCGCAUAUUUAUGCGGGGGCCGC